AUGGGCAAGGCCAAGAAGCUCCGUUCCAUUAGCCACAAGAAGCGCGCGCCUCCAACAGGUGGUCCGUCUACGGCGGAGCUCGAAGAAUUGCAGGCUAUGGACUUGAGCACUAUGGCGGCGGAUGAGGCGCAGCUGUUCAAGGGUCUCGUGGACUUGCAGGGCGCGGUGCGUGAGGCCACGUGCGUGGCAAUCGCCACCAUGUUCGGUGACGUCGAGAGCGAUGAGGCCGAAGCUACGAGUCGCCGCAAGCUGCAGCGUAUGGUGGACGCCGGUCUUCUCAAGAAGCUCAUUCCGCGCGUCGUGGACCCGCUCCCCAUGGUCCGUCAACACGCGCUUGGGGCACUACGCAACAUGAGCGUGACCGGCGGUCUGGAGCUGUGCGAGCUCAUGACCACACAGAACGUCGUCACGCCGCUGGUUAAGGUCAUUACAGAAAACGCCACAGACGCCGCACUGAAUGGCAGCGGAGACCUGCGCGCCGUGCAGCUACUGGAACAGGCUGUGGCGCUGCUUGGCAACCUGUGCGAGAGCUGCCAAGCCGCCAUUAACGAGCUGACACAGGGCGAUCUGCUUCCGCCCAUCUUCAAGAUCGCGGCACAGGCUCGCACCCACACUGCGCUGCAUCUUGAGACGCUCAAGCUGUUGUUGCUCAUCACAGAGGGCAAUGCGCAGCUGAACGAGAUCAUUGGAGCGAAUACCGCCUACCAGCAGACCAUCGGUGCAUUAAUCCAAGCACCUGCAGAUCAACUGUCGCUACAGGUGCGACUGGAGGCGGUGGGUGUCGCCAUGAACUUGCAGGCGAUCAUGCAGGUGGAGGACAAUGUGGCUCGUAUGAUGCCCGUGUUGGAGGCGGCGCUCGCGUACGAUGCCGUGAACGUUGUGCAGAUGGCGCAACAGGCAUCAGAGAACUUUGAACUCUCGAAGAAAUCCCUACUGGAGGACGAGAAUGUGGAUGACGACACUCUGACUACUGAGGAAGAGCAAAAUAUCACUGCCGCGCAGCUGAAAGCUCGUACGUGGCGUGACAGUGUGCACACUCUGACAUUGGCACUGGAGCUGGUCGCUCAGUUGGCUGCGUCAGGAGAUGAGAACGACGACGAAGAGGAGUGGGCUAGUGACGACGAGGACGCUAUGGAGGAGUACGCGGCGUCCAACAUGGAUGCCGGAGCAAUUGGUGCUGCUGGCAGCCCCGUGUCGAAGUCACUGGAAACCAGUCGCGUGUUCCCGCUAUGUGUGACCAUCUUGCAAGGACUCGUGUCGAUCCCGCAACUUUCAACAAAGUCUAUCGCUAAGGACUUCGAAAAGAUGCGUAUCCGUGCCUGCAACGCCGUUAACAACCUCUUGUUGAGCGUAUCAUGGGAGGUACUCGGCGAGGAAGUGAUGCCCCAGAUCUUCCGCAACCUCUGUGCACUAUACGGGAACCUUAAUCGCGAGGUUGAGGCUGCUUCAGCCACUCCCACCGAUUUCACUCUUGAAAGCAGUGCAACAAAUGACCUGGAAGUCGCUGUGACUGCAGCUAUGCUGUCGGCAUUGCGUCGUAGCACCUCAGAGAACCGCCAGCUGGCUGUUGCUGCGGAGGACGCCCAGUUCAUCCUGAACUGCGCGGCCCAGGGUCGCUCCGCUGAGUCUCGACUGAAUGCUAUUGGUAUGAUCGGCUGUGUGGGCAAGCGCUGCUCCAGUCCGGCUGAAAAGGAGGCUGUGGGCCGCGCUCUGGUAUCUCGACUGGAUGACUCGAGCCUCGAAGUCGUGGCCGAGACGCUUAACGCCAUCUUUGACGUGUACGACGACGAGGAAUUCGACGACACUUUCUGCGCACUCAACUUCUUGAGCGCACUAGAACGCACGUCUAGUGCGUUGAAAUCUAAACUGAAGGCAGAGCAGAAGCAGUUAGACCGUGCUCUCGUGGCCCAUGUCAAAGAGACGCGCCUGAACCUGCUCCGCUUCAUCAAGUACAAGAAGAAGCACCUGUAA